AUGACAUCGUCAAAAAUAAAUGAUUCAGAUUUACGUAAACAAUUUUUACAAUAUCUUAAUCAACCAGAAUUAUGUGAACAAUUUUAUAUUUAUAUGAAAUCAGAACAUUUAGCAUAUGUAUUAGAAUUUUAUUUAGCAUGUGAUGGUUUAAGAAAUUUACUUGAUGAUAUAUCAAAACAAGGUGCUAUUAUUGAACUUAUAUAUAAACAUUAUUUAUCAAAUGGAAAAUAUUUAUCAUCAUCAUCAAAAACAAAAUUUUCUUUAUCAGAUGAUUUAAUAAUAUCAAUAAAACAACGUUUAAUUAAACAUGAAUAUCAUUUAAAAUUUUAUGAUCAAGCACAAGAAUAUGUUUUAAAAUAUAUGUUACAAAUGUGUUAUCCUAAAUUUCUUAUUGAACAACAACAAAAAGAAGAAAAUGAAUUAAAAAAAUGUCAAAUAUUAUUAAAUACACCAAAAUUUAGUCCAAUGCAUAAACGAUCAAUGACAUCAAGAAAAAAAGAUGUUUUUGAACAAUUAAAACAAAAAACAAAUCAACGAAUUCUUAAUACUUCUGCUCCUAUUAAAAUAUCAUCUCAUAUUCGUCAACAUCCAAUUGAACCAAGUUCAUUAGAAGCAUCAACAUUGAUAGCUGAUCAUGACGCUGGAUUAAAUAUUUCAAAACAACCACGAACAACAAAAUUAACUAAACAACAAAAAGAUCAAUAUAGUCUUGCACAACGUGAUCCAGCUGCAUUUUUUGAAGAAAUUAAAAAACGUUUAUUAGCUUAUCAAGCUGAAAAUUCAAGUGCAGCUAAAAUUCGUGGUAUUUCACAAUCAUUUAAUGUACAAAAUAAAGUUUCAUUUAUUGAUCAUCGUACAGUUGAUGAUGAUUCAUUAGCUGUUCUUGAUUCACAAAUAGCUAAAACAAUUGAUGAUGCUGAUAAUUAUUUAUUUGAAACAAUACCAACAACAAAAAUUACACAACGAUAUAGAUUAUCAUCAAUAAUAAAACAUCAAGAAAAUAAAGAUUAUUCAUUAUUACGAAAUAGUUUUACACGAUCAGAUUCAGGAGUUGGAACAGAUACAUCAGAAAAAAAUUAUGAAAUAUUUCGUUAUCAACAUGGACAACAUUUAACAUCAAUUGAUGUUAUUUGGUAUGCAUCACUUGACAGUAAUAAUGCUCUUUUAUCAACUAUUCCACGUAUUCAUGAUCAUAUAACAUUUAAAGAAUUUCGACAAUUAUUUAAAAAACAACCUAUAUACAGAUAUUUCUUUAAAACUACAUGUACACCAGAUAUAAAUAAAGAGCAGUAUGUAUUUCGUGAAUUAACUAUGGAUGAUGAAUUAGUGCCAUUUUAUGAUGGCAAAAUUUUUGUACAAUUAGAUCGAAUUUCUUAA